AGAUAGCUUUAUCUGAGAGCCAUCACAUGAUUUCAUUGCUAGCCUAUAGCUUCUAAACAAGCAAGGGUCUUGACUGUACUGAUCUAUAGCAUGUAGAAGGGGUUGCAACGAUGGCUGGAAAUGAAGACAGAGCUAAAUUUUAUUGCACAAAGCACUCCUGGAGAGGAAAGUACAAACGUGUGUUCUCCAUAGGAACCACAGCUGUAACCACGUACAAUCCCAACACUCAUGAAAUCACUAACCAGUGGGCAUACAAUGAGUUUGUGGCGAUUGCCCCUAGUCCAAAGGCCACUAACGAGUUUCUUAUAACUGUGAGGAAGAAGAAGGGAGCCAGUAGCAACACUCAGAUGACCUUCUCCAGUGACUAUCGUGCUGACAUCAUCACCGAGACACUCAGGUUCAGUCCAUUGUUUUGUGAUGCCGGACGAUUCAAAGAAAAGAAAUUUGAUGCUUCGAAGUACCACUGGAGUGAAUCCAAAGUCAAAAUUCAGCUCUUGGUGCGUCGGCACUGUGUGUCACAGGUCAACUUGGCGGGUCACAACCUGGCCGACUAUGACUACAAGGACAUCGAGUUCAUCUCCAAGGUGUCAGAUCACCCUGGAGGUGUUAUACUCGCCACUGGAAACUUCUCUAGACUGCACAUGUUCUUCGUAGAGAACAGGGAGGAGUUGUUGAGGGCUAUUCAGGUGGCAGGCACGGAGAACGUGGGAUACCACAUCGCUGUACACAGAGACACUAUGUCACUCAUGGACUUCCUGGAGAAGAGGCUCGGUCGCUAUAGCGAUGACGACUCCAUCACUUCCCUCACAGAGUUCACAGUUCAGAAGCACUGCAUUAGACACCACGAUCCAGUUCAGCGAACACUGGCCCUGUCCGAGACGUGUGUGAUUGAGAGGGACCCUGCCACUUACCAAAUAGCCACCAUCAAGCCUCUUUGUGAUGUGUUUGCUCUGGUCCGGUAUGCCGACGACCCACAGCGGUUCAGCAUAGAGUACAACACAGGUGCCGUGAGACGCUACUCUUCCACUGACAGAGAUGCUCUCCUGUGCUCUAUCCUGGACGGUGUGCGUGCCAGUGGUAACCGUGACAUUUGUGUCAAGAUGGAGCGCACUGAUCGAGGCCAGCGACUCGGGCCACUCCACUUGCCCAUAGACGAGGAGGUGGAGAGCCAGUAUCUCAAGUACAUCUACAACACGCCUCAGGGCAUCAAGUUCUCGGAGGCCGUGUGCAAGUUCAAUGCCAACGUGGGAUACAGCGGACUCAACCAUGCAGUCACUCAGGAUGGUCUGUUUGCCGAGAACAAGGAGAAGCUCAUCAAUGGCGCUCUCACAGCACUGCUGCUCAGGGAGGAUGGCAGAGGGAGUGUCUCCAUAUCUGAGCUAGAGGGGCAGUUUCACGCCCUCAGGCGAUUGGUCGCCUCUAAGGCCGGCUUUGAGGCUUUCACUACACUACCAAACUUCAGGGAGAUAGUGGGUAAGAAAGUGGUGAGGGCGCUCAAGCUCAAGGACGACGGGAUCAGUCACGCUUGUGUGGACUUCCUGUGUGCACUCAUGCAACCCAUGCACGACAACUUUGACAUUCGUCAGGAACAAAUGAACAAACGUUCCCUCCUCUCUUCAACCGGCUUCUUGGAGCUGCUGCUGGAACCUCUCAAACUCCACGUGAGACUGGGAACUGGAGCUCUGAUCAUCAGCGCUGUACUGGACUUCUUCACAUUUGCCAUCUGUCCUCCAUACAGUGAGACAACGGAUGGAGACAAAUUUGACCUCGUGUUGGAGUUGAUCGCUGGGAUGGGACGCGUCAUCUUCAAGUUGUUCCAGCACCCGUCACUUGCCAUUGUGAAGGCUGCAGGUCUCAUCAUGAAGUCCAUCAUUGAGGAAGGAGAUGAGGAGACGGCCACCAAGAUGCAGGAGCUGGCUUUAGCGGAGGGUGCUCUCCCCCGCCACCUCCACACCUCCCUAUUCACCUCUAGUGCCGACAACCGCCUACUCACUCAUCGCCAGCUCAGCAGACAUCUCGUCUCCCUGUGGAUCACCGGCAACAAAACUUCCACUGAACUCAUGCGAAGGAUACUGCCACUGGGUCUGAUGCAGUUCCUGGAGUCGGACGAGACCGUGUCAGACGAUGAGAUUGACCGUAUGCACAUCAGAGAUAACCUCAAGGCUGUCACAACCAUCUCCCGGCGUCGUAUCGGUGUGUUGGAGGGUGCUCUGAUCCACUGGCGGUCCAGGCUUCGCCCUAAACCACAGAAGGACCUGGCCAAUCAGCGACCUGUCACACUGCGGAAGAGGCGAGAGAACGUCAAGAGUGAGGCUAACUGGAAAUUAUUCUACCACAAGUUUGCCUGCGACCACGCCACUUCCGCUCUCAUCUGGAACUACAAGACGAGAGAAGAGCUCAGGGAGGCACUCGAGAAUGAGAUACGAUCUUUCACCGUUGAUAAGGACCUGAGUGGGAAGUUAGAGAUCUCCUGGAAUCACACCGAGUUCGAGGUCCGCUAUGAGUGCCUCUCGGAGGAGAUCAAAAUAGGUAACUACUACCUCCGACUGCUACUGGACGAGGGAGGGGACACCAAGUUUGUGGACCCUCACGUGUUCUUUAAUGACCUCUACCAUCGGUUCCUCCUCUCACCCAAGCCAGCAAUGAAGGCCAUGUGUCUGCAGGCCAUGGCCAUUGUCUACGGACAAUGCUACGAAGAGAUUGGGCCAUUCAACGACACUGAGUUUGUAGCGCGGAAACUGGAACAGUGUGUGGACAAGACGGAGAGGGACCGCCUCCUGAUGUUCAUUGACAAGCUCCUCCAUCACAAGACCAACGUCAAGUUGUUCCUGGAUGCCAACGGUAUCCGAGUGUUGGUGGACCUGGUCACUCUGGCUCACCUGCACACCUCACGGGCACACGUACCAUUACAGAGUCUGGCCAUAGAAGCAUCACCUGAUCUGGACAGGGACUCAGAGAAGGAGUGGUACUACACUGGCAAGGACAAGGAGAGACAAGGGCCCUACUCAUUCAAGGAGAUGAGGGACCUCUGGACUGAGCAAGAGAUACACCAACGAUCCAGAUGCUGGGCUCAAGGUAUGGACGGUUGGAAGCCGGUGGAGCAAAUAGCACAGCUCAAGUGGAGCACGCUGGCCACGGGGUCGCCUCUGCUUAACGAGUCCGAGAUGUCCUCCCUCAUUCUGAGUAUGUUCACUAGGAUGUGCAAGUUCUACCCCUCCAGGGACGGGGAUGGUGCUGUGGUGAGACCACUCCCUCGUGCCAAACGCUUCCUCUCGGAGGCUAACACUCUCCCACACAUCGUACAGCUCUUGUUGACCUUUGACCCCAUUCUAGUCGAGCGGGUAGUCAUUCUCAUCAACAUCAUACUCGAGGACAACCCCAACCUCUCGCGUGGUUUCUCCACUGGUGUGUUCUUCUUCAUCAUGAUGUACACCGGCUCCAACAUUCUCCCCAUUGCCAAGUUCUUGAAGUGCUCCCACACCAAGCAGUCCUUCCGGCCGGAUGAGUCUGCCACCUCUGACAUCAUGCUGCGUAGCAUCCUGGGACAGCUGAUGCCUGAGGCCAUGGUCUGCUUCCUGGAGAAUUAUGCCCCCGAGAAGUUCAGUGAGAUAUUCCUAGGGGAGUUUGACACCCCUGAGGCCAUCUGGAGCAGUGAGAUGCGACAACUGAUGAUCCAGAAGAUAGCUGCUCACAUUGCCGACUUCACUCCUCGCCUGCUUAGCAACACCAGAGCUACUUACCAGUACUGUGCAAUGCCAGUAGUCCAGUAUCCUCAACUGGAGAACGAGUUGUUCUGCAACAUCUACUACCUUCGCCACUUGUGUGACACUGUCAAGUUCCCCGACUGGCCCAUCAAAGAACCAGUGAAACUGCUCAAAGACGUGCUGCAAGAGUGGAAGAAGGAGGUUGAGAAGAAGCCUCCGGAGAUGUCAGUCGACCAGGCCUACGACACCCUCGGCCUCAAGACUGGCGUGGGAGGACAUGAAGAAUCAGUGAUUAGAAAAGCCUACUUCAAGCUGGCUCAGAAGUACCAUCCUGACAAGAACCCCGAUGGAAGGGAUAUAUUCGAGUCUGUGAACAAAGCUUACGAGUUCUUGUGCUCCAAGUCGGCCAAGAGGACGGAGGGACCUGACCCGAUACGCAUUGUGCUGCUGCUGAAAACACAGACCAUUCUAUUCACGAGAUACAAAGACAUCCUCCAACCGUACAAGUACGCUGGCUACCCGAUGCUUAUCAAGACCAUCAGCCUGGAGUCGACAGAUGACGACCUGUUCUCCAAGAGUGCCCCCAUCCUAACAGCAUCGAGUGAGGUGGCCUUCCAUACAAUGAACACUAGCGCUCUCAACGCAGAGGAGCUGCAGAGAGAGGAUGGCAUUGUGGUGCUUCAGAGUGCGUUUGCACGUUGCGUGAGUGUGCUGUCCCAGUCGAGCACUCCUGAGGAUAUGGCAGUGGAGGUGUGCACACACAUCUGUCGCUGCUAUCGAGUCUCCGCCCAGUUUGAAAAGUGUCAGGAGGCUAUCGUCGAAGUGCCAGAUAUUAUACGAGACGUGUGCAGAGUCCUGUACUUCAAGCAACUGACGAAGCUAAACUGUGUGGCUGCUCAGACAGUGGCAGCCUUCGCAGUAGACGAGUGGCUACAAACCAACCUCCUUCACAAAGGAGUGCUGUUCCAUCUCAUGAUUUUCCUCUUUAACUAUGACUACACACUGGAUGAGGGAGGUGUCGAGACCAGUGAUGAGUCCAAUCAACAAGAAGUGGCCAACAACCUGGCUCGCCUGUCUAUAGAGGCUGUCGCACGGCUGGGUGGAUACAAGUUUGGCAGUGAGAAAGACUCCACUCCCGAGAACCCAGACAUCAAGAAGGUGUUAGUGUCUCUACUCACUCCCUAUCUCACCAAAAAGAUCUCAGAGCUACCCACAAACGAGUUACUGAAGCUGCUGAACAGUAACAGUGAGAACCCGUACCUGAUCUGGGACAACCGGACACGCACAGAACUUACCAAGUACCUGGAGGAACAGCAGAAGAGCAUUAUCAGAUCGGGAGAGUGUGACAUGACGUUCGGGGCGGAUUUCAAGUACGACACGCUAAAGGACGAGCUGGUUAUCGGGGAGAUCUACGUCAGAGUCUACAAUGAGCAGCCAACCUACGUUCUUGAGAACCCCAAGGCGUUUGCGACAUGUUUGCUGGAUUUCAUUGGCAGCAACGCCCAGUACCUCUAUUCCAAGAUGGUGAUGACCAGCUCUGACGUUGACACCAGCAAAGAUGGCCAGCAUGCCAACAGGCUCAAACAGGUUGAGAUGGCCCUAGAGGCGCUGUACAACGUGAUCCAUAACAACGCAGGAGUGGAGACACAGUGCAAUGGACAUUUUAAACUCCUCUUCUCAUUCUUCAGAUUCCAGGGUGCCAAGAAGCUGCAAAUGCUCACUCUCAAGUUGGUGUCAAGCGUGACAGGGAACAAAAGUUGUGUGUCCAGCAUUGCAGAGUCCAACGUCCUGCAGUACCUCUUACUGGUGCUCUACAUGCUUCCCACUUCCCAUGAAUUGGUACUGGAAGUGUUCCAAGCCCUCACUUCAAACACUCAGAUUGUCAAGGAGAGCAUUCAAAAAGGUGCCCUGAUUUACCUCCUUCAGUUGUUCUGCAACUCUCAGAACCCGACCGUUCGUGAAGAGACUGCCUCCCUUCUUGCCAAGAUGAUCACCGACAAAUUAGUGGGUCCUAAAGUGAGAAUUGUCCUUUCCAAGUUCUUACCUCUCAUCUUCAUGGACGCCAUGCGAGACAACUCUGAGGCCAGCGUUCACAUGUUCGAGAACAAUCAGGAGAACCCGGAGCUGAUUUGGAACGACGAGGCCAGAGAGAAAGUGUCGGGAGUAGUGUCUAAAAUGAACAAGGAGUUCUUCCUCAAGCAGAAGGAAGACCCCGACACUCUGUGGAGGUUGCCCGACAAUUUUGAGGUGGUCUAUUCACAGGUACAAGGGGAGAUCAUGGUGGGCGGAGUCUUCUUAAGGAUAUUUAUAUCGCAGCCUACUUGGGUUCUGAGGAAACCAAAGGAGUUUCUGAUAUCACUACUCGACAAGUUUGGACAGCUCUCACAGUCUGCUCAUCCUGAUGGAGAGAUCCUGGAAACAGUGACAGAGGCUUGUGUUUGUCUCUUUACUGCCCAACCAUCACUAGCGGACCAGGUUCCACCGCUGGGUCACAUUCCCAGGAUCCUGGCCCGAAUGAAGGCUGACAACGAAGUUAUUCCAAAAGCUUGUCUUCAGGUCACGCACAUACUGGCAGACAGUGAGGUUUGUGUGCGAACGAUGUCCAAGUGUGACACAGUGGUUCCGUUGAUCUGUGCCAUGAAGAAGAGGAAAGACAGUGUACACGUUGCCGCAGAGACCAUCAAAAAGCUAUAUGACCUCAUGAUUCCCGAGCUAGUGGUACAGGCCGUGAAUGGAGAGUUGAUCCCGUUCCUACUGAAGCUGCUUGAGGAUCCUCUGUCUGAGUGUGACAAGCCGUCAGCCGCUAAAGCACUCAUAGCUGAGUCCCUCAAAAACAUGGCUAAAGACCUUGCCAAUGGAGAGAGGAUAUUAGAGAUACUGGAAAAAUCCCCUGUGUGGUCGGCGUACAAAGACCAGAAACAUGAUCUCUUUCUCUCCAACACGACUGUAUCUGGUUACCUUACGGGUCCGUCUGGCGUAGCUGGUUACCUCACUGCUGGAAGCUCAUCGUCGGCUAACAAUGCAAACAGUUCUGCCCCACCCCCACUAGAGCCGCCGGAGGACACACCCACUGGCGAUGAUGACGAUGAUGACUAGCUGUAUCUUAGGUUGUUAUAUAAUUAUAUUUGAGUUGUGAGUACAAAAACUGCUUUCUAUUUUUAAAGUCUGUAAUAAUUAAUAAUUGUAUCGUGGAUUUUGAGGUACAUGACAUAAUACAUUUUAAUUUUGA